CCGCGGUUUUGUUUGAAAUCGAAUUGGGCCCAAUCCAACCCACGCAACCACACCACUCGAAGGUAUCGUUUCGUCAGUGUUGCAUCUAUGCGCUGUCACUGCCAACACAAGCCACCAUCACCCUCUCCCUAGAUUUUCCUAAUCUCACGCCCCGUUCACCCUCACCCUCACCGUCAAACUCUAUAUAAGGAUAACCACCUCCCCCGAAACGCCACUCUUUCUUUCUAGGGUUUUCCCUUUCAAAUCUCUCCCUCUCUCUUCUCUCUCUCUCUCUCUCUCUCUCUCUCUCUUUCUAUGCCGAGUGAGUCGUUAUAGAAAGGCGACGCGUUCCUUGGUUAAUGAUUUUGAUUUUACUUUUCUCAUAUUAACCUAGCUCUUAUGCAUCUGAGUGUUUUUUAACUUUGAUUCGGGAUUUAAUAUGAAGCGAGCAAGGAAAUCCAACCGGGUUUCGUGGGCCACUGGAGGGAACCUGUGUCAGGUGAAAUUGUUUUUGUCUGACGAUUUCCCCUCAAAAGUAGGCCAACAUUCGCAAGAUCAUCUUCAAGUAAAGACAUCGAUGCUAAAUUCAAAUUCCGCCAUUAAUGAUCAUACCGAUUUGCCCCCUGGGUUUGAAAGCAGUCAUUUCCUAAAACAAACAAGAGUUGAUUUGUCCUGCAUUUCCCAGAUAAAAUGGGAAUGUGCUCCGCCGUUUAUUCUCAAUCCUGAAUGGCGUGUUGUGGCGGGUGAAGAAAGCAGGGAGAAAGAAAAUCAGAAAGCGAGAGAAAAUAGGGUGCUUGAAGCUGUUUAUCCCCGUCUUUCAGCCAUUCCUCCUAGCCCUUCUGUCUCUUUGGACGUAGAAGAGGAAGAUUAUGAUGAUGACGAUACUCCCCUCAUCCCUAUCAUUCCCAUUGAAGAGGAAGAACCUGUGGAUAUUUUACCUGAAGUGGCAGUAGCUGGGAACCCUUUCCCCAAUGUGCAGCCGAAUAACCCUCUGCAAUAUGUAUCUGCUGAAACUUCCAUUCGUUCACCCUCAAAUGCCUUUUAUACUGAUUCCUCGGAUCCCUGUACAGGGAUCCCCUUGGGUGGGGGGGUAUCUUUCGGUAUGGAAGCUGAUUUGGCAGCUUCGGUUGUUGCAACCAUUAUGAGGAGUUCAGAGCAGGGAUCCCCGAUUGAUAUGGAUUUACUGGUUAAAAUAUUUAAUGAUCCCAAAAUGCUCGACAAGUUGAUUAAUGAACAUAGAACUGCAGCAACCACCACAAGUGCUUCCACAAGUACUGUGGAUACAACUCCUGGUGUUAAGCCUGACACUCCAGUUCUGUUGUCUAUAUCUGAUGUGAAAGCUUCGGGGGCUACACCUACAAGUGCAGUGGGUUCAUUGCCUUUUGGUCUGAAAACUACAUAUCCAUCAGUUUCAGUAUUGAGUCCUACACCUGACAAAUCAUCCACUAGGUCAGUGCCUGCAGUUCCAUCAGUCUCAGUGUUCUCUCCGGCUCAUGAUAAUCCAGUCACUGCAUCAGUUCCAUUGUCUAGGCCUUUAUCUGGUAAGCCAGGAACACCCUCAGUUUCAUUGCUCACAAAUACACCUGCAUCUCAUAUACCCAGGUCUGUUAGCAAACAAAUUCACCAUGUGUCAGGUGGUAUUUCCCCUGCAUUAAAUACUCAGCCUCAGCAAGAUACAGCUCUGGCAUCUGGGCCAAAGCGAGCCGCUGCAAUGGCUGGUGAAUUAAGCACUGGUCCAGUGCCAUCUCUUACCAGGAACUUGCAUGCUGUUGUGAAUCCGGUGCAAUCCCCUGCUAGUACAUUGCCUUAUAAACUAAGCACAGGUUCAUCAGCAUUUGCUGUAAAGGAUGCCAACUACUAUAAAAACCUCAUCAGGCAACAUGGGGCAGAUAAGCAAGAUAUGCAGGACUCACACAUAGGUAUUCGUCAUAGUUAUCUCCACGAUUUGAAACCGGUACCUAACUUUAAACAAGGAGAAGUGAAACACAAAAUCCAGAAACCAUGCAUAUAUUUUAAAAGCUCAAAAGGGUGCCGAAAUGGUUCCAAUUGCCCCUUUCAGCACGAUGUUUCAGCUCAGUGGGGAGCUGGUAACAUCUUAGGGGCACAGAGUGCAAAAAGAUUGAAAUCGGGACCAUAGUUUUAGGGAAGAACUAAAUCUUAAGCGGUAUAUUUUAAAGGAAAAAAUUAUAGCCUUCUUUUGUUUCACCGUAAAGAACAUGCACAUACAGAGAGGGGGAGAGAGUAAAAAGUGGGACAUUGGUUUGAUUAGCUUACCAAGUUUUCUGGGAGUGUUUUGGUGGCCAUUUUAAUUAAAUUUUGGGCCUGCAGGAACUUUCAUACAAUUAGGUGGAGGGUUUUAUGGUUCUUUGAUGGGGUUUUAUUGACGAAAUUAGUGUUUUGGUCAAAAUGGUACUUUCGUUUUUGCA